AUGGCUACCACGCGCAAAAAUCUUGUACUUCUUGCUAAAACCGCAGAAGAAGCCGAACGCUACAAAGACGCGGCUAAAAUUAUGAAGGCUAUUGUUCAUACAGGCAAAGAGCUAGAUGACGAGGAGCAGACUCUCCUUUAUGACAUCUACAGACAUUUGGCUCAUAAUCUCAAAGUUUCAUUGAAAAACUUGUCGCCUCUUGUACAAGAAGAAACAGACAAACACAAUUCCAAGCAUCUUCACUUGGUACAAAAACAAAUAUCUCAAAUCAAAAAAGAGCUAAUCAACACUUGCUGUGAUAUAAUUGAAAUCCUAGAAGAAGAUCUUAUUCCCACAACAACGUCAAAUAAAAACAAGGUUAUUUACUACAAGAUGAAGGGGGACUAUUACAAUUACUUAAUUAAUCUUUACAGCGGACCUCAGCAUGACGAAAUUGUCCAAGAAGCUUUGGAAGCCUAUGUUUUUGCAUUUAACAUUGCCAAUAAAAAUCUUUCUCCUACAGAUCCUACCAGACUUGGUGUUGCCAUAAACUUUUCAGUAUUUUAUCAUGAAGUUAUUAAAUCCACUAAAAAAUCCUGCGAAAUUGCACAACAGGCUUUUAACAGUGCCUUUGAAGCCCUCGAUACAUUGACAGAAGAUAAUAACCAGAAAACGAUUGCUUCCAUGGAGAUUUUACGUGAUAAUAUAUCUAUCUUUAGCUCUGAAAAAUCCAAAGACUAA